AGAAUUCUGUCGCAACAGUGCACAGCUGCCACACUACACCAUGGCUACUUCGGCUGAUGGCCCAGACCAAGGGCGCAAGAGGAAGCGCGAAGCGAACGGCGUGAAAUCACGAAAGGCGCCAAAAUCCACGAAAUCACUCGAUACUCGCGAAGCCCAGAUUUUGCUCUUGGAACAACAGAUCCUGAAAUCUCCUACGCAUUAUGGCAACAUCGAAGAGCUGCAAAAAUUGAUGGCUGAGGAGGACAGCCGUUUGUUGGCCGCUGUCGCUCUCUGUCGAGUCUUUUGCCGGUUGAUCGCUGGAGAGCAGCUGGUAAAAGAGAAGAGUGCUUCAGAGGAAUCCACACAGUCGGUGCAGCGACUCAGAGUCUCGCUGCGCGAAUAUGUUUCAAAUCUUUGCAACUGGAUUGGCAGCCCUGACGCGACCACUGAAAGCACAGCGCUGACCUUGCUGAUGAGGAUUGUGAAGGAAGAGGCUUCUGGCGGAAGCAGGAGCGCUGCCCAGUCGUGGCGAAACGAAAGAGCCUCGUUCCAAUCCUUGGUCAGAGCCCUGGUGCGCGAAAACGACGCAGAAGGAGCGCGGCAACAAUUCGUCGAGAAAUAUGCCGAAGAGUACGACGAUGUCCGCUUCUACACCUUUGUUGCGGUGAAGCAAUGCCUAGGCGAAGCUGCUGGUGCAAAGGCCGUGGGAAACGCAAUCGAGCUACUCUCGCAGAUUGAAGGAGUACCGGAGGCCGAUGAAGAGCUCGAAGACUGGUAUGGAGAUGCUCCAGAGGACAAGAGCCCUCUUUUAUCGCUCAAUGGACAUCGGAAAACGGCUCGAGAGGCAUGGCUAGCGGUUUUUCGCACGCCACUAUCUGUGGAGCAGCGCAAGUCCAUUUUGAAUAUUACGACCGCACAACUCCUGCCAUGGUUCACAAAUCAUAUUGAAUUGCUGGCAGACUUUCUCACAGAUUCCUUCCAGCAAGGUGGCGCAAUUUCACUUCUCGCGCUGAGCGGAAUCUUCCAUCUGAUGACUGUGAAGAAUCUGGACUACCCUGACUUCUACAAAAACCUUUACAGCCUGUUGGAUGAAGAUGUCUUACACAGCAAGCACCGCAGCCGCUUCUUUCGUCUCCUGGAGACGUUCAUGAGCUCCACCCACUUGCCUGUUGCGAUGGUGGCCAGCUUCAUGAAAAGGUUGUCGAGAUUGGCGCUCCAAGCUCCGCCCGGGGCCAUCGUCUGGGUUGUUCCCUGGAUAUACAACCAAGUCAAGCAACAUCCCUCAUGUGCCUUCAUGCUACAUCGUCCCUUUCACCCUGCACAUGCCAUCUACGCCUCACAUCCGAAGUACGCUGAAGAAGGGAUGGACGAUCCAUUUGAUAUGUCGCAACCGGACCCCAUGAUCACUCGUGCUAUCGACUCCAGCUUAUGGGAGCUGGACACUCUGAGCAAUCACUUUCAUCCGAAUGUGGCCACGCUGGCCAAGAUCAUCGGCGAGCAAUUCACCAAGAGGGACUACCAGUUAGAGGACUUCCUUGAUUACUCCUAUGCUACUUUGGUCGAUGCCGAACUUGGAAAGGAGAUGAAGAAGGUGCCAGUGGUAGAGUGGGAUAUCCCGAAACGCAUUCUGACUUCCGAUGAUGGCCUUAAUGAUUUGGGGUCACUUUUUCAAAGUGCUAUUGGAGCUACUGUAUAGCAUCCGCAACCUCAAUACAACACUGGAAUAGGCUCGAAAGCAAUACUCAACACCCAAUUUCUACCUUCCAGCUUCUCCGU